CACAGAAGCGGAAGUACAGCGAGUACACAGCGCUGCCUGUGAUCACACGUGUUUACACAAGUUGAUCAGAGUAUUCACGUGGUGUGGUCAACUCAGUUAGAAGAGAACAUGUCGAAGAGAAAGACAGCUGUGUCAGAAGAAAAUACCGGUGGUUCUGAAGUGGGCCUCGAGGAGGAGCAGGUCCAGGAUCCGCCGCCGGAGACCAGACGGACCCGCAGCGGUCGCAAAGUGCGCACUCCUGCCGCACUGCUGGACUCAGAAGCCGGUCCGGUGAGGACCCCCAGCCGGAGGACGAGGAGGUCCGUCCUCCUGGAGCUGCCGGCUGUACAGGAGAAGAAAAACACGGAUGAGGCAGGGCAGAAACUCCCGAGUGUGACCGAGGAGAAGCUCGGUGCGUCGGCCGAACCGGAGCCCGGUGGUACCGUGUCAGAGCCAGCAGCGGAGCCGCCGCACAAGGAGGCUGCAGCCGACGUUAACGGGAGCGGAGACGGUCAGAAUAUGUCCGGGUCUGCAGCGGUAGAAACGGCACCAAAGAGUUCCGAGAGCGGCCCGAAGAAGAAGAAGCCUUGUUUGGGUUCAAGUGGGAAACAAAGUCCGGUCAUUCCGCUGGGAAAACCCAAAUCUGGGAGAGUGUGGAAGGACCGCAACAAGCAGAGGUUCUCCGCACUGGUAAGAGACAAACCGCUGUGCUCUUCUUGGGAAAAGAAGAUGGAGGCCAAGCGGGAGAAGGAGCUGGUGAAACAGUACACUGUGCAGCUUAAAGAGGAGAAAGCCAGACAGAAAGAGGAAAAGAGGAAAAGGAGAGAAGACAACUUGAAACGCCGUGCAGAGAACGAACGCAAAUCAGAGAUUGUGCAAGUGAUCAGGAACACAGCAAAGAUCAAGAGGAUGAAGAAGAAACAACUCAGGAAAAUUGAGAAGAGAGACACGCUGGCUUUGCUGCAGAAGUCACAGAAGCAGCGUGUAAAAGCCAAAGUUCAAAAAAGUCAUAAGGUUGAUCAAAAUUUGACCUAAAGACUGAGAUAAUAAAAAUGAAUCUGUGCAGUA